UACAAUUCUCGAUCGACCUAAAAGUUUUAUGACUUAAAUUGCUUUUUCUUAUAACUUAUUUUUCGAACCCAAAGUAUGUUGUGAAACAAUAUGAAAACUUGGAUAGUAGUUUUUGUAAUAAACACCAUAUUUUGUAUGACAAAUGGAUACUUUACCAGACCAUCACGCCACCGUCGCGACGUCGUUGGAGGAAGUCUAGAUAUAGUCUCGAAAAAUGUCCAGCCUAUCCAUGCGGAUGUCAAAACAGAUAUAGUCUCCAAGAAUGUUCAGCCAAUCCAUGCUGAUGUCAAAUCAGAUAUGACGGUCACUGAGCAGCCCACAUCACGGACUACUCACUGCACCUUCCAAUCAACCCUUGAGACCCUUCAACCGUGCUCGACCGGCUACGUUCCUUCACAAAUCGAGCCGGGGAUAGUUUUUCAGGUCACGCCUCCGGUCACCAUCUUUAAGCAGUCGCUCCGAAAAUCUCUGCCAGCUCCUAGCAGGUUAGAGCUGAUCAGAAGCAUCAGCCGAUUGGCAACGGUAGUGGUGUUGGCGUUCACAGCUCUGGUGGAACUGUACCCCACGUUGGCUCAUCUCUUUAACACUUUUUAUAGCUUUAUGGUAUAAAUUCACUUUGUACAA